GGAAACCUCAAAAGACAUCGCGGGGCAAUUUCGAAAAUUUCAAAGGACAACGAAAAAUUAAAUAACAUUUUAGUUACCCGAAACUCAUCGAUUUCAUCGGCACAUUUAAAUGCUGCUGUACCGUUGGUUAAAAUACGUCGAUUACCAUCGAAAGCUGAGGGAUUCCACGAAAGAGUGCGGCUAUCGGCUGUUGAACAUCAAUCGACGUCACGAGUUCAACCUGUUAGUUAUGUUCAACUUGGUGAUUUAUUCCAACUAGAAGCACCAAACAACAAAGUCUCAUUACUUGGUCUUAACUCUGAAGAUUCAUUAGACAUCGAGAAUACGACUUACAUUGAACCACCUGAGAUCAACAUUGCUACAAAGCACACAUCGGUGCAACUGAGAAGACAACCGGCUCUGAUAACUUUCUCUAGAGGUCAAGGACCUUCGGGAUCUAAACAUUCGUCACAGUCCACGACUAACAUUGCAGCUGCAAAUGGUACAACCAUCAAGGCAGCAUCAUCUGCGUCGAGCCUAGAUCGCGUUGGCGUAUCGGCUGCACCCAAAAGCGCCGGCAGGCAGGGCAGAGCCUUGCAUGGUUCCAGGGACAAACUAGAUCAGUACAGUCCCGGCAGCCAACAUCGCCAUUUCAAGGGCUCCAAAGAACGGCUUUCCGACGCGAAAUUUUUGAGCAAGGAUCAGUCCGGAGCUCGCAACCUCUCUAAACUCCAUCCGAUGCCUCUGAUUCAGCCAAAGUAUUCCUCCGAUAGUCCGUCACCACGAUCUACUCGCCAGUUGCAAAUUUCCGAUAAUCUUGACCAGCGCAAUGAUGAAGAUGCGUAUUCUAUCACGACCGAGGAAAUAGUCAUUCCGAAGGACAUGACAGCUAUCAACUUCAAUGGACCAAUGGAGGAUUUAAAGCCGCAUAGAAAUCAAGAGCUCCAAGCCCACUUGAGUCAACUGAAGGCGGACAAUGCAGCACUAGAGAAAAAAGUCGUUGAAAUGUCGUUUUCUCAUAAGGAAGUUCAAGCGUUGCGAGAGGAAAUCAUGAAGCUACAGGCAUUGCACGAGGCGAGCAGGAACGAACUCCAUCGAUUACAUGAUGAGAACGAGACCCUCCGAGACCAUCUCAAGUCGAUUGUGCAGUCGCCGUUGUCGGACAACGAAAAGCAACAAAUCAUUCGAGACUCUCAGCGUCUGCACAGUUCUGCGCCAGCAUCAAUAGCGUUGCCGAGUAGCAUGGAUGUCGAUGGAACACCGUGUGUAACUCCAGACUGGGACAAGCAGUCAUCGAGCAGUGAAAUUGCGGUCGCCUGUUUGCAAGAUAAAAUAACCCAGAUGGAAGAAACCCACUAUUCCACAAACGAAGAGCUGCAGGCCACGUUGCAAGAACUUGCCGACUUACAAUCACAGAUUAUCGAGCUUCAAAGCGACAACGAGCGUCUGGCCGAGGAGAAGGACGUCAUAUUCCAGUCUCUUUGCAGGCAAACUGAAAAGUUGGAAGAUUCCCGUACCCAGAUCGGAACGCUGCAAAAGUUGCUGCUCCGCGAGCCAAACCAGCAGGACGGAGUUUCCACGGAACGAGAGCAAAAGCUAGUGGAGUUACUGAAGAAUGCUCAAGAAGAGAGAGAAAGCCUUAUGUUAAAGCAGGAGGAGUUAAAUUCCGAACUGAACGAGCUAAAAGUUGCCUUAGAAGACACCACCAAUGAGAAGCUAAGACUGGUUGAGAGAAUUGGUGUCCUCGAAUCGACGAUCGAUGCAACGAAUGCAGAAAGAACUGAUAUUGACACGCAGCUGCUCCAAUCGAAGGAGGAUGGCUCAGUAAAGCAAAUCGAAAUCAGUCGUUUGACCACGUUGCUGGAAAAUGCCCGAGCGAAAAUCGAAGAACUCGAACAGGAUCGCGCUCUCGGGGACAAGUCCGACUUGGGUGAGCUACUGGAUGUGGCCCGGAAGGAAAAGGAUGGCUUAGAGAUCCAAGUGGCAUCGCUGCAGGAACAAAUCUCAAUCAGCCAGUGUGAAAUUCAGAAGCUGAAGGAUCAGCUGGCGCGCAUGAGCGAGGAGUGCAAGGUUGUACGAAAUAAUGCCAAAUGUGUCAUUUCCGAACUGGAGUACAAACAUGAAACGAUCAAGCAGGAAAAAUCCAAAAUCGCCAGUGAUUGUCAGCAGCUUCAGGAAAGCGUAAGUGAAUUACAGGUUCAAAACAAAUGCCUGACGGAGGACAAAGCCCAACUAGAAGCUCUUUUAUCUGAGACCCAGCGACACCUGGGUGAAACAGAACGACUGCUUGCAGUAAAGACUGACGAACUAAACCAAGAGAUUAGCUUAAGACAACAAGAGUGUGACGAAUGGGAACGAUUCCAGUCCGAUCUGCUGAUGACGGUACGCGUGGCGAACGAUUUUAAAACCGAGGCUCACAACGCCCGCGAGCAGCUUGCGCUGGACAACAAGGCGCUGCGUGAGCGUAUCCGGGCGAUGGAGCAGCAAAUUGAGAAGCUCAAUAAAUCUCUUGAUGUAGGUGUUGUGGAUGCAGAAAGAUAUCCUGUUUUGCUCAGUUAUGAAAAUCUGCGAGACCUAAAGCAAGGUCUAUCAGAUUCGAUCGAUAAUCUGGACGAGUACGAUCGUAGCGUGGACGAAUUUUCAAAUCAGGUCAACAUUUUGCGUCAUCAAAUGAAUGCGUUCUCGCUGUCGGCACCAGCAAUGUCUUCCGCUGUCAAUGAAGACAAAUUCAGAAAAUCACAUGGGUCUAUCAAACAUGAAGCAAAACCUGCAGCUGAACAUGCUGAAUAUCUACCACCUCUCCCAGCAUCUAAACCGCCAAAAAUGUCGGUGCGCUUUAUGGAAGAAGAUCAAGCAGAAGAAGUUGACUCUGUGUCAUUUGAAGCAAAUCGAUGCUCUUACGAGAUUGAAGAAAUAAACGCACAGCUGCGUUCAAGAGCAAUCAUUGAUCGUACUGAAACACCGGUGGCACCAGAUUCUUCCUUGAUAUGUGACGAACCAACUGAUUCUACGGGAAGCUAUUCGCCCGAACCAAUGUUCAGACCGAUAGCCGUGACUAGAAGUAACGAAAAUCUAGCAGAACAUGGCUUCACGCUGGUUCGUCCCGUGCCACUGUUUGCGUCAAAAAGCAUUCAGGAUCUUCGAACAACGCGCGAUCAACGAAAGUCAAACUUGGAUUCGUUGUUUUACUCCAAAAGUUCGGACGAUUUGAUUCCCGACAUUGAUGGCAUGACAAAGAUAACGAAUUUGUCCAAGUUUAAGAAAAAUCGCUGCAAUCGAUCUAGCAGCAACAGCUUGAUGAGCCUGUUUUGCCGGGAAGAUGAGCCAGAAUCAAUCUACGCAAAUGUAGAAUUCACGAGCAGAGAAACCAAAGGACAUUGUUGCAAACAAAAGCCUCAACCGUUGCCUCGUUCUAAUAGCAAUAUAGAAAAGGACGAAGUUAACAGCAAGAAAUCACAGGCUAAAACAUUAGUAUACGUGAUCGAUAAAACCAAAAAUGAAUUUGUUCUUGCUGACGAAAAACCAAACAACACGUUGAAAGAACGCGAAACGCAAACACCAAAGUAUGCAGAUGGUGUAAACACCUAUGAUGACGCAAAGCUAGAGCAACUGAGGCGAACCAGUUUUAUCUUUAACAAAUCUAAUGAUCCAGCAGAUGCAAUCAAAGGGGCUAACAAUACUAAAACGAGGUUAGUUGCAUCCACCGAGUCCCAUCAGUCGAUCUUCAACACCGUGCAGCAGGAGAUGGCCGUGCGGCGGCAGCAGAAAUCGGCCAUCCAGCGGCAAGAUUCCAGACUGUCUGUGAAGAGUCUUAUCGAGAGCAUUGAAAAUUCCGCCAAACAGGCUAAAAUUUCCGCCGACUCGCGAUGCAGCUCCAGCUCGAGCAUCAACAGCAUUCCAUCGGAGACAGCCGUCAAUUCUAGUGUACCUUCCAACAGUUCAUCCAAAGCCGAAACUGUUCCCAAUGGCAACGAACGAGCAAAUGUGCUCCACACACCACUAAUAUCAUCGAUGUCCGCAAAGAGCCCGUUACGAGAGCAGCAGCAACCCACCACCGGCAACAACAUAAGCAGCAAUUCCAAAACAGUGCAACAGGCGACCGGAAGGAUCCGCUGAACGCGCUCGUCAAGAACGGUGGCUCCAAACGCAACGCCUUGCUUAAGUGGUGUCAGAACAAGACUGUCGGCUAUCGAAACAUUGACAUAACCAACUUUAGCUCGUCCUGGAACGAUGGCCUCGCGUUAUGCGCGAUCAUGCACUCUU